GAAGAGAGGCUGGUGGGUGGACAGACAGGCGGACGCAGACUGGAAAGCUGAGACCUCCGCCCCCAAUCCGCGCCAGCGCCGCCACAACCCGCCCCGAGGCCGCCCGUCCAGCCAGCGCUAGCCAGGGUGCCUGCCGUGCCCGGCUCCAGACCGCCAGCUGCUCGGCGCCUCGGGAUCGCCAUGCGUUCCGCCGCUGUCCUGGCGCUUCUGUUCUGCGCCGGGCAAGUCAUUGCCCUUCCUGUGAACAGCCCUAUGAAUAAAGGAGACACCGAGGUGAUGAAGUGCAUCGUUGAGGUCAUCUCUGACACACUCUCCAAGCCCAGCCCCAUGCCUGUCAGCCAGGAGUGUUUCGAGACACUCCGAGGAGAUGAGCGGAUCCUCUCAAUCCUGCGGCAUCAGAAUUUGCUGAAAGAGCUCCAAGACCUUGCUCUCCAAGGUGCCAAGGAGAGGGCACAUCAGAAGAAACACAGCAGUCUUGAGGAUGGACUCUCAGACGCUCUUGAGAAGCAGAAUGACCAGGCCGAGCUGAAAGAGGUGACGGGCGAGGCGUCCCCCAAGGAUGCUGCGGAGAAAAGAGAGGAUUCUAAAGACGCAGAGAAGGGUGGAGACACAGAUGGAGCCAGGCCCCAGGCCUCCCCGGAGCCCGGCCAGGGGUCCAAGGUCGAGGAGGACAGCCAGGCCCCGGGGGAGCAGGAGGUCGCCAACACCGACCACCCAGACAACCUUCCCAGCCAGAAACACCCAGGCCCACAGGCCGAGGAGGACAGCAAGAGCCUCUCCCAGGGCCUGGUGGACCGAGAGCAGGGCGUGGGUGCAGAGCGAGGGCAGCAGGCCAAGCGAGAAGAGGAGGAGGCCACAGAGGCUGGAGAGAAGGCUGUCCUUGAAGAAGAAAGCCCCACCGAGGCAUUUAACCCCCACCCAAGCCUUGGCUACAAGGAGAUCCGGAGGGGCGAGAGUUGGCCCGAGGCUCUGGCUGUGGAUGGAGCCGGGAAGACCGGGGCUGAGGAGGCUCAGCCCCCCGAGGAGAAGGGCGAGAGGGAGCACUCCCGGCUGGAGGAGGACGAGAUGGCCGAGGCCCCUCAGGGCCCCUUCCGGGGUGGGAAGAACGGGGAGCUAGAGCCGGAACGGGAGGAGGAACAGCUCUCCAAGGAGUGGGAGGAGGCCAGGCGAUGGAGCAGGAUGGACCAGCUGGCCAAGGAGCUGGCAGCCAGGAAGCAUCUGGAGGGGGAGGAUGAGGAGGACGACCCUGACCGCUCCAUGAAGCUCUCCUUCCGGGCCCGGGCCUACGACUUCAGGGGCCCAGGGCUGCAGCUGCGCCGAGGCUGGAGGCCGUCCUCCCGGGAGGACAGCGUGGAGGCGGGCCUGCCCCUCCAGGUGCGCAGCUACCCCGAGGAGAAGAAGGAGGAGGAGGGCAGCGCCAACCGCAGACCAGAGGACCAGGAGCUGGAGAGCCUGUCGGCCAUCGAGGCGGAGCUGGAGAAGGUGGCCCACCAGCUGCAGGCGCUGCGGCGGGGCUGA